AGGAAGCAUGCGCGCUGCGGGGGAGCUGGGCGCCGAGGCGGGCGCCUCGCUGCUUCUGUGCGCCGCGCUGCUGGCCGUGGGCUGCGCGCUCGGCCUGCGCCUGGGCCGCGGGCGGGGGGCGGCGGACCGCGGGGCGCUCGCCUGGCUCUGCUUCGACGCCCUGGUGCACUUCGCACUGGAAGGCCCUUUUGUCUACUUGUCUUUGGUAGGAAACAUCGCAGAUUCUGAUGCCUUGAUUGCUUCAUUGUGGAAAGAAUACAGCAAAGCUGAUGCAAGAUGGCUCUAUUUUGAUCCAACUAUUGUGUCUUUGGAAAUUACGACUGUUGUCCUGGAUGGGUGUCUGGCAUUGGUCCUCAUUUAUGCCAUCAUCAAAGAGAAAUGUUAUCGGCAUUUCAUACAGAUUACCCUGUGCGUGUGUGAGUUGUAUGGCGGGUGGAUGACCUUCUGCCCAGACUGGCUUAUGGGAAGCCCCAACCUCAAUACCAACAGUCGGCUCUACUUCUGGGUCUAUCUGGUAUUUUUCAAUGGUGUGUGGGUUCUGAUCCCGGGACUGUUACUGUGGCAGUCAUGGGAGGAACUCAAGAAAAUGCAUCACAGAGGAACCAAUUCAGGCAAAAAGUUCCAGUAAAUUUUCAAAAUAAUCUUGCUUUAUGAGCCAGAAUGAGUCAAACCUUUUUGUUUUGACAAAAAUGUAACACAUUCCGGUCUACACUUUCUUUUUGUAUUGUUCUUGAACAGCCUAAUUGAUUUCAGUUAAAUCAAUUUCAGAUUGAUUGUAAGGUGGCAAGUUUUUGUUGUUUUUUUUCCAAUUAAAUGGUGACAUAGGGAACAGAAUACAUUUUAAUAUAUAAUAAUAAUACAUUUAAUUAUACAUUUUUACAGCUAGCAUUGUUCUACAUUAAUAAAUUUCCAUGAAAUGCCAUAGAGCAGGUUAUAUUAUUUUUUUAUUCCAAAGAACAUGUUGUUGCUUCAACUUUUGAUCUUCCCACCAGUCUUUUGGUUACUAAAGUGAAAUCAGAAACAAAAUUCUGUUUUGCAUUUGUAUUUUACCAAAUUUGUGAAGCCAACCAAAAAUGAUAGUAGAGGAAUUUGUAAGUGAGCUUGAAGAAGAAAAAAAUGGAAGAACAUAUUCUCUAAAAAGGAUACAAAAAAUUGGAAAAGUUUGACUACAUUAAAAGUAAGUACUUCAGUUCAUCAAAAUCCAACAUUAGGAGAGUGAAGAAGGAAGCCAGAAGGUAGAAGAUAUUUGUAGUACAUUUCACUGACAAAAGAUUUAUCCCAGUGGGUAAAUCAAGUAGAAAAAGAUAUGCAGUCUGAUAAAAAAAAAGUUGACAAAAUAUUUGAAUAAAUACUUCACAAACGAGAAGGGAAUUUGGAAAAUGAUAAUUAAGGUCACAAUAAGAUGUAGCUACACACCAAUCAAAAUGGCUAAAAAUAAAGAGACUGACAGUGAAGAGUGCUGGUGAAGAUGUGGAGCAGCUGGAACUCUCAUACAGUGCUUGUAGACUGUAAAGAGGAAACCUGCUUUGAAAUAACUGUUAAACUGAACACAUGCAUGCCCUAAAACCUAGCCGUCUGACUCUUAGGUAUGCUUCACAAAAGUGCUUACCGUGUGUACCAGAAUGGCAGCAUUAUUCGUAAUAGCCCCAAACCAGAAACAACCUAAAUGAAUAAAUUGUGGUAUAAACAUACAAUGGACUACUUUACAAUGAGAAUCACAGGAAUGAAAAUUAACAACCUACUUCUGCCUAUGACUGCAUGGAUGAAUUUCACAGACUUAUUAAUGGAGGAAGCCAGACUAAAGUGAUACAUGUUGUAUGAAUUCAUUUAUGUAAUGUCCCAAAACAGAUAAAACUACGGUGUUAGAAAUCAGGAUAGAGGUUGCCUUUGGGAAACCUUCGUCAUGGGGAGAAGUCAUGAAGGGGCUUCUGAGAUGCUGGUAAUGUGCUAUUUUUUUUCAUUUGAGCAGUGGUUACAGUUUGUGAUAAUUCAUUCAGCUGGAUCUUUAUGAAUGGUGUGCUUUCCUCUAUAUUUGUUAUACUUCAGUUUUUAAAGUUUAUUUGUAAAGAUUCCUGGUAUGAAGACCUGAAACAUGUCUCCAAGUGGGUCCUGAUGAAGAGGACGCUGUGUCCUUGACAAAAGAUUUAUUACAUCUCAGGCUGUGUCUAACAGUGUCCCCCACGUAGGCUGAAGGCAGGAUGCCAGAGAGAGUCUAUAAAAGCCUUUCUAUGAGGGAUUACCUAGUUGUUUCCAGUAUUUUGCUCUCUGCUGAUCUGGCUCAAUCCAAGGGUAAACAGUAGAGAAAAAUGGAUGGGCCACGUGUCCUGCAGACGGUCCUGAAAACAUGAUUUCUCUCAAUUGAGUUUUUGCUGAGUAUUGGAUGGGAAAGAAGUGGAGAUUAUAGACUCUGAAAGGAACUUGGAAGACAGAUACACUCUACUGACAAGUAAGGACAGAUCUAAAUGUUUUAACCAUUAAGUGAGUUGGGAGAAGGGUUGGUGUCCCCUUAUGAAAGUCUAACAGGUCACUGUGAACAGAAGCCCAUCUCCCUGUGACAGGGAGGUAGGGGCAAGGUGAGAGAGGUGACACUGUAUUUCAUUAGUUCUAAGAUAGGUGUCUUCUACACCCAUGAUGACAUUUAGAAAGUUAGAAUGCGUUUUUACAGUUGAUGUGUCAUAGUUGAGUUGACGGUGUUUUCUCUUUCAAAAACGUGAUGCAGCUUAUAAUUGACAGCAUCUUCUAAAUAAGUACCACCUUCAGUGUUUCCUAGGAGCCAGCCAUAGAAGGCAUAUUUUGAUGGGUAUAAAAAAUGAUUUGCAAUAAGUUAUGAAUUGCUUAUAUUGAAGGUAACUAGGUUCCUACAAACCGUCCGUCCCUCUCCAGUGUUGUUUACACUGUAAAUUUCCUUUGCAAACUCUUCCUUUCCAGAUAAUGUUGAGGCAAGUAUCAAUAUAAACUAUCUAAAAUCAGAGUCUAAGUGAUGUUUUCUUGUAUUUAAUGAUGUUGGCUCUACAGCUCCUGAAGUGCUAGCCUGGGGGCUCCAGGAAAAGUCUACAGACUACAAUAUGAAAUGGUGACAUAAAGCUUCGUCCAAAAAAGGCUUGAUGGAGACCAAAAUGCAAGAAGCUUGGAAGAGAAUCCUUAGUUUUCUUUCUUUUCAAAUUGUUCUUAAAAUCCAUGAACCUUUGUUUGUUAUGAAAGCUGGAGUUUGGAUCUAAAAAUAACUAAUUUAUGAUGAGAAUAAUUGGGCAAAGCCUUGAAUGAGAAAGGUUAACUGUUAAGGUUAAGAUUGCUGUCCUUAAUUUUAAUAAAAUGCCCUUGAGGUUAUAGGGAGGGGAGGGCCUGGCAGGACUGAGCUAACUGAGAGGCAGGCCUCCUCCCCCAGCUGCCCUUUUAGAAUCUCUACAUCCUCUUGCCACUUUCCCCAAUUCCUUGACCCCCUGGCAGUCAAGACCUAACAAAAUCUGUAUCCUACCACCCUUCACUGUGGGAAGCAGAUCACAUCCAUUAAUUAACAUUAAGAUGCAACUAACUGAUAGUGGUUUGAGGUAUUAUCCUACCCAAAUGUAUUUAUUUGCAUUAAAAAGUGUAUUAUAUAAAUGCUACAUGUCUGUUGCUGAAAAAUGGAAAAUCCAGAUAAGCAAAAAGAAAAAACUAAUAAUUACCCCAGUAUCAUCAGACAGAACUGCUAUUACAAAUGUAAUUUCCAUUUCCCAAGCUCGUGUCUGUGCACGCAUCAACAUUUGGGGGAGAUUUUUAACAUCUGAAGGAGGAUUUAACCUCUCCCCUUCCUCUCUCCCUUGCCCCAGAUUUAUCAUCCAAAAAGUAGCCGAUCUGCAUGAACACACACAACUGACUGGAUAGCAUUACAGAACACGCCCCCAUUCUUGAGAAAUUCAUGCACUUACAGGGAAGUAGCAGUUAUCAUUUAUUUUUGGAGACCAGUUUCCUUAGAUGUUUAUGUCUACACAGAUCAAGUUGACGUCUUAAAAUAUUGGAUUGGCCACCUCCCAACUCUUCCAGGGAGGGAUCAAGUGUGCUGAGCAUGUUUCAGUGUUACGUUUUAGGUGUUUAAUCCCUUCCCCUCCAGAAGCCUACUCUCGGUCCCCUGGCUGUCAGGAGGGGAGGGCUCUGAAUUCUUGCAGUCCUUGUCUGUAUCACUUAAGUCGCCCUGUAUUGUUUUUAUUUUUGACAUCCACCUUCCCAACUGCACAGGGGUCCCACAAGGCCACACUUAGAAUCCUAGAAUCAUGUAUUGUUUAAAGGGGCCUUCAACGGGUCCAGUUCAUACACCAAAAGGCAGAGGCUCAGCGGGGUUAGAUAACUUGCGCAAGGCCACAGAGCUUUUCAGCGAACUAGAACCUAGUGAAUUGAAAGUGCUCUUUCUAGUCCAACAGUGUUAGACAUGUUCCCAGGACCUACAAGCUAUGAAAAUUACUCCGUUUUCUGGAUUUUUUUUUAAUGGUGAAAAAAAUUUAACUUCAGGGUAUUUCUGAUCAUCUGGGUCCAUUCAUUUUAUUUGAAUAGCCUCUCAAUUUCAUUGUUUUGAUUUUGAGUUUUGUUUUGUCCUGUUAGUAUUUUUCACUGGUUGGACCAAGUGGUUGGGUGACAACAGUUAACUUUAAUGCAGUGGCUUUUCCAGGGUCAGGGGUCCCCACUUUUUCUAAUUUGAGCCUUACUCCAGCACAGCACACCACCUCUUGUUCCCCACAAAUGUGUUUGUUGAUGAUGCAUUUUAGUUAAAAAUAAAUUGAACAUUCUGUCUGGGCCUCUCA